CGCUACCAACAAGUCUCACACUACUUACUGCUAAAUAGUACUCCUUUUUUCUGUCUUUUCUCUUCCCAAAUCUCCAUGAAUCGUUUCGUCUCUUCUCUUCUUCUCCUUCUUCCAAUUCUUUCUCGUUUUUCUAUGGACUGACUAGGGCUUUUUCCUUCUCCAUUAUCAUCGAUUCCAGUGUUUUUUUCUUCUUCCAUUUCUCGUUCCUCAAGAUCACAAUCACUGUGUGAAAAAUCACGCUUGAGUUUGUGUUUCAAAAUCGACGGUUAUCGGAAACUGUGCGAUGGGAGAAAUGGAAGAAGAUAUGGAGGAUAUGGUUGAGUAUACGUUUACAGCGGUGGAGAUUGACCUCGAUUACGAGUUUGAUGCACCUCGUUACUUUGAUUUAGGUUGUGAAGAGGCUUUGCCUGAGACUUGUCAAGCUGAGAGUUGGUUUGAAUCUGCCGGAAGCUAUCCACCUUCUCCUUUUGUCACUAGGUUAAUUUCGAAGGAGGACAGUUUCCUGGAAAACAUUCAUGUAUCACCGAAAUCCAAAGUUGUGAAUAUGAGUUUGUCUGAUAGUGAUUCUGAUAUUGAGGUUGAGCAAGAGGUUCCUGCUGUAAUGCAAGAAGGCGAGGUCAACAAUGCAGGAAUUUCUGCUAACUUAGAAAUUAGCAAUGCUGAGAAACUUUUAAAUCAACUGAGACAGCUUCCUUCAGGGCUGACUUUCUACAAUCACAUGGCUACAGGUGCCACUGCCACAAGAGGUAAAACCAGGUGCUCAGGAAAGCCAUCUUUUCCCAGGGGCUCAACCCUCAUGAAACCAACCGCAAGUCACUUAGCCAAGCAAAACCUGCCUCAUCCAAUAGGUGAAUCGAGGUUACCCACAUUCUUGGUUGAGAAAAACGGAACCAGUUCAACUGUGAUCGAGACUCAAUCUGCCAAGAGACAAAAGCUUGAGAGUGGUCAUCUACGGAAGGUUGCCGAAGCGAAGCCUGUAUUUAGUUUUGUUCACAAGGCACCUAAGCGAGAUGGAAAAGUUGAUGGCAACAACACAUUGGCGAAGCCCAGGAUUACUAUUCCUAGAGAGCCUGCACUUCAAACAACUCAUAGAGCACAAAGAGCAAGGCCAAAAGGUAGUGAACAAGCAGAAAAUUUGCCGCCGACAGCUAUACGUAGAUUCAAAGCUCUUCCACUAAAUAGAAAGAUCUUUGAAGGUCCUUCUUUGCCUCCAAAAAGAAGUAAUCCACAACUUCCGCAGUUUCAAGAAUUUCACCUGAAAACGUCAGAGAGAGCCGUGCAACAUCGUUCAGCCGUUUCAACUUCUGCUGCCAAUUCUUCUUCUAUUAAUGACAAGGUGUUGCAGAAAGCCAGUUUUAAUUCAACCAUGGAAUGUAGAAAUAGAGAAUUCAGAAGAGUCAAUCAUGUAGAGGCUCCAAAGCAAGAAGAAUCGGUGUCCACCUACAACUUCAAAGCUCUUCCCCUUAAUAAAAAGAUUCUAUCAAGUAAAGGAGACAUUGGAGUGUUCCGAAAUACCAAGAAGGAAACCACAGUGCCAAUGGAGUUUAAUUUUCACACUGUAAAGAGGAUUCAUCAUAAUCCGCCAAUUGAUUUGUUUAAAAAGCUAUCUCUUAUGUCUGAGCCCCAACAAGCUGCAGGAGUGCAAUCGAAAGCACAAAGACCAUCCUGCUUUCUGUCAAAGGGUUCUAAAGAAAAUAGAUGGGCUUAUUUCCAACAAAACCAUGAGAUAGUACACACGGAGACCGGAAAACUAGCUGAUCUCAAAAGCAAAGCCAAUUUUGUUCGGUAGUGAUGUGGGGUAACUGAAGUUUGUCAAGUCUCUUACACGAUCAACAGGUGUUUGGGCUUUUUAGGGACAAAACACAGCACAUUUCUGGACGUUGAUGGAACACCUUUUUGCUUGAUUCAAAAGGCAGACUGAGAUGAUGUAGCAAUGCCAAUACAUAACAAUUGUCUGAAAUUGUCAAGUGCAUUCGAAUAUAUAGAAGUUUAUAACUUUAUGUAAAAAUCACUUUCUACAGAUGUAAACCAUCAGAUACGAACGGCAAUGUUAAUCCCCAUGUGAAUAAAAAUGAGCAAGUUUUUGUUU